GCGCCAUCCGCCCCGGGCAGAUCAUUCGCGGUCUGACACCCGUCUGAGAAGCUUUCAACUCGUCGCGAAAAUAGUGCAAGGAUAUUUUUCGAUAUAUCAACCAAAAAACCAAGGAAACGAUAUUAUAGAGGCACAACGCGUGCCGGUGAUUUAUUUGUGUUCAACUUGGUGGAACGAAGUGAGGCGGAGUAACGAUGAGAGCUUUUAUGCUGCUACCUUGGUUGGCCCUGCUCGUCUGUGUGCGAGCGGCGGUGACGGGACCCGAGGCGAGGUCCAGUGUGGACUCUAAGGAUCGACAAGUGGCCACCGCGGGGGUGGGAGUCCUGGACUCCGUGCUGCGCGGCAAGAGCCGACAGUCUCGCUGUGUACGCUGCUACGAGGAUCGUGAUCGGGAUCGUUAUUACGGCGGAUACUCCAGCCGAACUGGAGACGAUACUCGCGGCAGCUCCUGGUACUAUUCCGGAUACGAUGAACGCGGCAGCAGUCGGGACCGGGACUACGACAGGUACUAUGACCGUUAUCGGUCAUACUACGACGAUCGGUACUCCCCAAGGACUUACGACCGGUACGAGGGAAGAGGCUACGAUGAUUACAGACGUCCUUCGAGCUACGGAUCCUACGACAGGGAGCGCGGAUAUGGCUACGAUAACCGAGAUCGGUACUACACCGACCGUUAUAGCGAAGGUUCGUCCAGGGAUCGGUACUACGACCGCUCUCGUUCCGGCUACGAUCGCUAUGACCCCUACGACCGCUACUACUCCAGGUAUGAUUUUCGCAACUAUCGUCCUUGGGAUGAAACCUACAGAGGUCAGUCUGGCUUCGAUAACUCCGGACGUGGCUAUUACUUUGCCACCGACGAGGACGACGGAGACAUGAGAAACCGGGGCUACGCCUACAACCGCCCCUCCAACUCGCUGUCCACGCCCUGCGGCCGCCUCGCCGGAAAUUGUCCUUAUGCCGGUGCCGGUUACUCCAAGGUCACGUCCUCGGCCAUCGGCAGUGACAGCUCCCGCAUCCCGGGUCACACCAAUGUCCUUGGCUCGGAGGGCGGCGGCUGGACGUAUCUGGGAGACCGCGACCGAGACCGGGAUCAGGACAAGGUCAGCGGCAAUGGCAACAGCAGCGGCGGGGGCAGCGGCAGUAGCUCCAACAGCGGCAGCAGCAAUGGCAACGGAGGCAGCGGCAGCGGCGGCAGUCGGGAUCGGGACAGGGAUAGGGAUGCACAGAGCUCUUCCUAUGGUGGCCGACCACGUCCUCUAGGCGUCAGCUAUCUGCUGGAACGGGACUCGGACUCCUCGUCGGACGGCCCUGGAAACCCGGCGAACCCAGCCGGUGGUGGUGUUGGUGGAGGUGGUGGUACUAAUGGUGGUGCUGGUGGCCAGAGCAUGCCCAUUCCCGCUGCCCAGACAGCCGCCGAAGGAAGUUCCGGCAACGCCGAGCAGUAGAGCUCGAACCGGAAACUGAUACGGAACUGGUUCCAAAAAGGCGAAUCUCGAAUCACGACUCCUGGAACCAGAAGAUGCGGUGCAGCGGCUGGGAAAGAGGCCGAGCCAGGCCGGUGGGCGUGGCAUAGCUUAGUUUAACCUUCCUUCCGUAUUUAUGUGUAAUUCGUAAGCUAAGUCUCCAAAGAAACUAUUUAUGUGUGCGGCACAGCUUUGCUUAAAAAAUAAACUUCAAAGAUCCUCAUAGCUCUUUU